UGGAAAGUAUGGAUAUAAGUAUCAGGGAAAAUAACGCCCAGAUUAUCAGCCAAGAAAAAUAUCUUAUGAAGGAGGCCCAAACCCAAGAUUGUGAAAUGCGUGAAAGCAUUAAUGACAAGUUUUAUUCAGCAGAUAUAAGAGAUCAUUUCUGGAAUUAUGAACCUGAAGAAGAUUCACAGGAUGAUCGACUUUAUUUAAAUUUUGAAAAUGCUAUGUCUGAGGGGAUUGUGAGAAGUCUAAAAUAUCAAAAGUUAUGUGAUAUAAAUAAGAUCGGUUUAGAUGAUAUAAAGUGUAAAUAUAUGCAUUUUGCUGAAUUUUUAGAAUUCUCAUUCCCAGAUAGAGUAAACUAUCUCUAAGUUUUCUCCCCAAAUCGAAUGAAUCUGAAUAGAUCUAAUUAUUUUAACUUGCUGAUCAAUCUCAGCUCAAAAAUCUCUCGCAAAGUUGUAUUUAGCCGUUUCAGCCUUAACCUCCGCCAAUUAAAGAGGUUGAUAGCAGCUUACAAACAUGUGAGAGUGCUAAGAUUGCCAGAUUGCAUAUUGUCAGUUCCAAGUGCUCCUGAUUUCUCAAAGGCUCUUACAAAUUGCCAGAUCCAGGAGCUGGAUUUAUCAUAUUCAGGAGAAUCUUAUUCUAGUGAUUGGGAGAACAACCUUGACGAAUUCAAGAAUUUGGUAGAAGGACUAGCCAGUUCUCCAGAUUUAAGAUUGAGUAUCAGAAGAGUAAGCAUUCUUGGUUGCUUAAUAACACAAAAUGAAGCCGAGCAAAUAUUUGCAGUAAACGAACUUGAACAAGUUAAAAUAAUGGAUGGAAAUUAAAUUUAUUUUAAAUUUUCUGUUUUA